AUGGAUAACCUAGACUCUUAUAUACGUAGAUUUGAGACCAUAGCGAUAUCCACAGACACCCGACAGGAACUUUGGGGACCGCAACUACUGACAUUAAUAGGGGGUAAAGGGCUAGAUGCAUGUCAGACCCUGACUGAAUCAGGCAUGAAAGAUUAUAAGACAUUAAAAAAGACUUUACUGGAAUUCUACGACUUUACAGAGGACGGUUACAGACGAAGAUAUUACGCUACGAAACCCAAAGACGGACAGGAUUUUAAAGUUUUUGUUAAUGAUCUGACAACGACAUUCGAUAAAUGGUUUGACGCGACCGGUCUAGACAAAACUUUUAGUAAGCUCAAAGAGUUCCUCUUAAUAGACAGAGUACUAACUUUGUGUGACGGACAAUUAUUUGGAUUUAUACAAGAAAGACAACCCCGAGAUCUCAAAAGUUUGACAGAACUGUGUCAAAGGUAUAUGGCUGCUCAUCCGGACAAACGAAUAACUUGCCAGACUGAGCAACCUGACAUUGUAUUUGCCACUAGAAAUGUAUCGAAUAUACAAGUGGGGCAGCGUUCUCGACCCACACUUAGGCAACAGAAUGAUGGCAUGAGGCCUAGGAGUUUGUCCACUAUAGAAUCAAGGCGCUGUUUUGAAUGUGGCACGUACGGACAUAUAGCCAGAAACUGUAACAAUAAUCGACAGAGAAAUAGGGGAGGAAGAGGAGGCCUGCAUCAACAAGCGGGGUACAGAUCAGAUUACAAUAACAGAGCCUAUGUUGCAGUGCUUAACAAGGGUGAUGGGGAAGUUACUUGUUUCACUACGCUUGUAGGCGAGAAGAGAGCCUUGACUAUCAGGGAUACGGGAGCAACACUAAUCGCAGUCAGAGAUACAUUUGUCGAGAAAGACCAAUAUACAGGGACCUGGAAGCAGGUUGAGGUCUUUGGAGGACAAAGGUACAGCUGGCCGGUGGCUAAAGUGAUUGUAAAUACACCAUAUGUGAAAGGAGAGGUGAUGGCUGUAGUUUUUAAAGAUGGCCCAUAUGAUUUGAUCAUAGGUAACAUACAUUCACGAAUGCCACAUUUAAGAAAAGGUGAAAUUAACAAAUGGUGCAGAGAAGAAGUCCUAUUAAUGGAGACCAGACAACAAGCUAGACAAAGACAGAGAGAGGAGACUGAAGCAAAAACCUUGAUUAGUGACCACGGCAUAAUGGAGAACGCAACAGAUAUGUCUCUAGAAGAAAAUGGCAGUGUGAUUCGGGAGUCUCAUAGCGAGAGUCAAAUGUGGUCGCCAGAGGAGUUUCAAGAAGGGCAGAGGUCCGAUCUGUCACUAGAGAAAAUAUUUAAAUUUGCCAAAGAGAAAUCCGUGGUGAAGUCGAAAACAACGGAACAUUUCUUUCUGAUCAAAAACAACACGUUGGUACGGAAAUAUACAGAUACAAAGGGGGAGCUCAUACAGCUUGUGGCGCCACAAAAAUAUAGACCCCAAAUUUUGCAUCAAGCCCAUGACUUGUCAGUCGCAGGUCAUUUGGGUACAUUAAAGACGAAACAGAGAAUCCAGACAGCCUUCUACUGGCCCAAUAUGACUAAGGAUGUAACAAAUUAUGUUAGGUCAUGUCAGGUUUGUAUGCUUAAAGACAAACGACCACCAAGACAGGCUCCAUUACAGCGAACAGAUUUAGCGGAGAAACCCUUUGAAAAAAUAGCCAUUGAUAUAGUGGGACCAAUGAACCCAAUGUCAGCCAGGGGCCAUCGAUACAUUCUCACAGUAGUUGAUCUCGCUACCAGGUGGCCAGAAGCUAUUCCUCUGAAGUCCACAACUGCUGAUGAUAUCACGUCGGCAUUGAUUAUGUUGUUCGCUAGAACGGGGCUCCCAGAUACCAUUCUCUCAGACAGAGGACCCCAGUUCGUAGCAGAACUAACCAAGCAAAUAACUGGCACACUAGGAAUUCAUCAAGUAUUUACCUCACCAUAUUGCCCUCAGAGCAAUGGGGUCUGUGAAAGACUGAAUGGAACAAUCAAAAGUAUACUGAGUAAGGUGUCGUCCGAGAAACCAGAAAACUGGGAUCUACUUCUUCCUUGCGUUUUGUUUGCAUAUCGAGAAAUACCGCAAACUUCCACAGGAUUUUCACCCUUUGAGCUAGUAUAUGGAGCAAAGCCUAGGGGCCCUAUAGACAUUCUGAAAACUUUGGUGUACAAACAGAAUAUUGACCCCGACAGCCGCACCACGUACGAGAAAGUGAUAGAUCUCCGAAGCAGAAUCGUCACUGCAUGUCAGGCAGCGAGAGCGGCCCUAGAAGAAAGGGGGGAACUAGUUAGACAAAGAGUCAACAGAGGUCGAAAAUUAAGACUUUUUAAAGCCGGGCAACAAGUUAGGGUUCUUCUCCCUUCAAAAACAAAUAAAUCGCAACUAGCAUGGCAAGGGCCUUUUGCAGUCACGAAAAGGAUAUCCAAUGUGGAUUAUGAAGUUGAAAUUAGAGAGAAAAGAAAAAUUUUUCACUCAAAUAUUCUUAGUGAUUUUCACCUACGACCUUGCGAAUUAGAACUGGCCAACGACAAUGGUACAACUGAAUCGGCAGUGACAAGUGGCAUAGCUCAAAUAGCAUGUGCAUUUCUUUGUGAAGAAAAUGAUGGAGAUGACGUAGGUCCAGAAUUACCGCUACUCCCAAGAGAAAAAGAAGACUGGCAUGAUGUCAAAAUAGGAGCUGCACCACAGGGAGUUAGAAUGAAAAUACUGGAGGUGUUAGAGUCUUUUAAAGACAUAUUAACUCCUACACCAGGAAGAACAACGACAAUUAGACAUGACAUAAAGUUAACGUCGACAAAACCGAUUAAGUUGCGGCCAUAUGACAUCCCAUUACAUCACAGAGAUGCAGUGCUAAAGGAAAUACAUGAGCUACUGGAAGAAGGAAUCAUCGAGAGAUCGGACUCACCCUACUCAGCACCAAUUAUUAUUUUGGGAGGAGCAUGUAGAGGGCAUACAAUCCCUGCUAUUGUUAUUGAGACAGCAUGGUUUGACGGCCAGACCCAGUAA